CCACAACCGUGGGAUGGCUGCAUCAUGAUGCAGAGCGCCAGGGACCGGACACAUCCGUCUUAUCCUAGCCCUAGGCUUGCCUGGGGCUUGCCUGGAAGGAGCGUAACCCGCUCCCCUUGAUGCAAUUUCCAUCUGCAUCUCACUUUCGCAUCUGUCCUUCCUUUUCCUCCCGCACUUCCCGCAUUUCUACCCCGGAUCAUCGCUCUUCUCAACACCUAUCAUUUUCCGCCCUCAGCUCUAGGAGUGCACUUGGAAGGGCCUGUAUAGAACAUGGUAGCUGGACGGCGUCGCGAGCUGUUCCGCAACCAGACGGGAGAUGGACACAACAAGUAUGACCACGUCGACCUAGAGAACGGGAACGGCCAGCAGUUCUCUCCACGUCCGCGGCAAAGAUUUCGCGAUGCGAUCGAAGCGACGAUUAGCGAGAACCACGCCAUCCAACUGAAAAGGCAGCUGUUGGAGAACGUCGACCACAACGUGCUGGAAAAGUUCCGGAAGAGCGACGAAGAGCUGAAAUCAAUUCGGAACAAGAAAGUCCGCCGCUUCUACGAACAGCAGAACACAAAGCUCGACGACUGGCUCGAAGUCGACUCCAUCGUUUCCACGCUCGCCGACGACGUGCUGGACAGUUUUGCACCGAGAGAUCUGGAUAACGACGGCGUUGCAGAAGAUAGAGGGCCUCUUGGGAUGACAGGCGAGUUUGUCGAGAGCUUUCUUCCCGACGAUGAGCGCGAGAAGCGGAGGAAGUCGGCGCGGCAUGUGAAGUGGGCUAUCAACAUAAACGUCGUCGUCAACAUCCUCCUCCUCGCAGCCAAGGGCAUCGCAGCCCUCUGGUCCAACUCGCUCUCCCUCAUCGCCUCCCUCGUCGAUUCCGCCCUCGACCUCCUCUGCACACUCAUCAUCUGGAGCACAAAUAGACUGGUAGGAUGGAAACUGAAGCGUCUACAGAAGAAGUUUCCAGUCGGUCGUCGGCGCCUGGAACCCAUCGGCAUCCUCGUAUUCUCUAUCAUCAUGAUAGUCUCGUUCCUUCAGAUUCUGCAAGAAUCGGUGAAGAAGCUUCUCCCAAGCGGCGAUCACACCACAGCCACGCUCCCGCCUGCGGCUAUAUUCUCUAUGGUCGCUACGAUCGUAGUUAAGGGUACUAUCUGGAUUGGCUGCGCCCGCGUUAAAACCACUCAAGUCCAAGCCCUUGCGCAAGACUGCAAAACCGACGUCUACUUCAACACACUCUCCCUCGCCUUCCCGCUCAUCGGCCACCAACUCGACGUCUGGUGGCUCGAUCCCGUCGGCGCGACUAUCCUCUCCCUCGUCAUCAUCUACGACUGGGCGGGCACUUGCAUCGAGAACGUUACCCGUCUAUCUGGAGAAGCCGCAGACGACCGCACAGCGCGGAAGAUGCUGUACAUGGCGUGGCGCUUUGCUCCGCUUGUGGAGGGAUACAAGAUGAUCAAGAGCUACCAUGCCGGCGAUGGCGUGUGGGUGGAGAUGGAUGUGCUGAUGGACGAGAAGGCGCCGUUGAGACGGUGCCAUGAUGUUGCUGAGACGUUGCAGUAUUGCACGGAAGGCUUGAAGGAAGUCGAUCGCGCCUUUGUGACGAUGGACUAUACUUCGCAAGGACCGACGGGACACGCGACGGAGAACGAAUGAAGCGUUUCGGAUUCUUAAUCGCUGCAUCAGAGUAGUACAUGGUUAGCGUCCCACAAUAUGCAUCAUCCAGCAGGCGAACC